AUGGCUUCCUCAAGAAGGAAUAGGAAUGCAUUGUGCUCAAUUGAGGUCAAUGGGGCCUUGAAAGAAUAUCCGGAUGAAAUAAGAAUUGAAGUACUAAAUCACUUUCAGAGGCAGUUUGCAGAAUCAUGGUUCAACAAGCCAAGCUUAUCUGGUCCUUUUAAAUCUAUUGGGGAUGAAGAGGUGCGAGUUGCUUUGGAAGCUGAGUUCACAGAAUCUGAAGUUGUGGUAGCACUUAAUAACUGUGAUGGUAACAAGGCUCCUAAGCCUAAUGGUUUUAAUCUUAUGAUGUUCCAGAAGCCUAUUAGUCUCAUUGGAUCAUUGUACAAAGUUCUAUCCAAAGUUUUAUCCAGUAGACUUAAAGUAGUAUUACCCAAGAUCAUAAAUGAAUCUCAAUCAGCUUUUAUAGGGGGUAGAAGAAUUCUUGAUGGCAUCCUGGUUGCUAAUGAGAUAGUUUAUGGUUGGAAGAAGAAGCAAAAGAAAGGCCUUAUCUUAAAGCUUGAUUUUGAGAAAGCAUACGAUUCAAUAAAUUGGGAGUUUCUCUGCUUCAUGUUAUCAAAUUUUGGAUUUGGCUCAAAAUGGAUCAUAUGGAUGAAGAAGUGUACCUCAACUGCCAAAGUCUCUAUAAUGGUGAAUGGAUCACCUACAGCUGAGUUUAAUCCCCAAAGGGGGCUUAGACAAGACCAAGAUGCAAAUUCUAGGGUAUCUAUAGUGUGGAGGGGUAUAUUGGGGGUUGCUGUUAAGUGCCCUGAGUUGCUGGAGUUCUUUAAGGCCAACUCAAAGAUCAUUAUUGGGGAUGGGAGGCUCACAAAAUUUUGGCUGGAUCUGUGGGUUGGCAAUGAUUGUUUAAAAAAUUUAUUUCCUAGAUUAUUCUCCAUGUCUAUUGAUAAAGGUGAAUCAAUGGCACUGGUUAAGAGCAGAAGUAAUGGAAAUGAGGAGUGUGAUUUGGCUUUCAGAAGAGUAUUGUUUCAAUGGGAACUUGAAGAGUUGAGGAGGUUAAAGGAGUUGUUACAUACUGCUCCAGAUCUCAGGAAUGGUGUGUUAGAUGGUUUGAAUUGGGCUGCAGAUAAGUCUGGUGUCUUCACUGUUGCUUCUGUCUACAAGUGGAGUGAGUUACCUUCUACUCUGCCUGCAAAAUUAAGGGAUCUCAUCUAG